UAGAAGGAUUGCUUUAAGUAGUUGAGUAGGACCACCGCCAAACCCACGCCAGAACCAGCGCUGCUCCACUGACCUUACAGGCAGCUACCCAAUCUACCACUGGAACGCCACCCCACAAGCAGGAUUUGUGCCAGAGGCCGCGUUCUAGAAGGAAAAGGACCAACAUGAAAAGAAAUCUCUCCUUAGAAGUGAUAAAGUCUCACCCAGACUUGGUCAUCCGUGUAAAAGAUGUGACUCUCGGUGAAAAAAACCGAAAUAAUAUGAACCUGGAGAAGAAAGAGCUGGAGAAGACAAGAGUUACAGAGGCUGUCUAUGCUCUGUUAAACUCCGGAGGAGGAGUGAUUGAGAUACAAAUGGCCAACAAGAGUGAGCAGCCUGUGGAGAUGGGACUGGAUUUGGAAGACUCUUUGAGAAAGAUUAUCCAGUCUUCUGAUCUGCACACUUUUUUUGAGACCCAGCAACGAGGGGACCAUUUUUACAUUUUUGUUAAAUCUUGGAAUUGUGGCCUUGAAGACAGUUCUGCUAAACCUCGCAUUUGUACCCAAAACUCUUCCUUGCACCGUAGAUCUGAAACUUCAGUGAUUCUCAUGAAUUCAACAGAAGCAUUUGCAUUUCUAAAGGGGAAGAAGAGUGUUGGGUGUGGCCUGACUGAUGGAGGAGUGCCACCUGUUAAAAUUCCCAGAGUUAUGCAUCAAAACAGCCUUGAAUCAGAUCCUGCUUUUGAAAUUUUCCAAAGUGAGAAACUCGAAUAUGGUCAAAUCUUGCCUUUUCCUGAAUCUACACAAGUAGAGUUUAAACAAUUCUCUGAAAAAAAGGUUCCAAACAAAAUUAAAAAAAUAAUUCCAGAGUAUGUCUCCGCAUUUGCAAACACCUGCGGAGGCUACCUUUUCAUUGGUGUGGAGAACGAGACUAGGAAGGUCCUGGGAUGCCCAAAAGACAAUGUUUCCCGUGAGUCUUUGGAAAGAGCAGCAAAUGAAGCAAUAUCUAAGUUGCCAGUUUUCCAUUUUUCAUCAUCUGAAGAAAAGGUGUCUUACAAGACCAGAGUCAUAGACGUGUUUCAUGAAGGGAAUUUGUGUGGUUAUCUCUGUGCGAUCAAAGUGGAGGCUUUCUGCUGUGCAGUGUUCUCAGAAGCUCCCACUUCAUGGAUGGCAGACAAGGAGAACGAUGUCAUCUACAGACUGACUACUAAGGAAUGGGUAGGCAUGCUGAUGGCUGCUGAUCCAGAGGCAGCUUCCAAUCAGUCAUCUUCCCUUGGUAACCUGUGUGAAGAUUUUGAGUGUCAGCUGAGUCUCUCCAACAGUCCUCCACGCUGCAGGCCAGUGUAUUCUAAGAAAGGACUGGAGCAUAAAGUUGACCUCCAAAAGCAUUUAUUUCCAGUGUCACCAGGAUGUUUGAAAUAUACUCCUGAAUCCCUCUGGAAGGAGCUGUGCUCACAGAAUAAGGGACUGGAGGACUUAUUAAGCCAGCAAAUGCACUCUGUCCCCUGUGGUCUGCUGAUCCUCUCUAGAAGCUGGGCUGUGGACCUGAACUUGGAAGAGAGGCAGGGAGUCAUCUGUGAUGCCCUGCUGAUUGCAGAGGAUAGCCGUCCCACCCUCUACACCAUCCUUGGGCAGCAGGAUGAGGGGGCACAGGACUACUGUGCCCACACUGCCUACACUCUCAAGAAGAAGCUAGUGAACACUGGUGGCUACACUGGGAGGGUGUGCGUCAUGACCAAGGUUCUCUGCCUGGAAUCCAAGAGCAGUGUAGAGACCAGUGUGGGGUCACCCUCUCCUAUAGAUUAUCCACGCUCCUACAACCUUGCAAACACCCAGGAAAUGGAAGCCUUGCUGCAGGCGCUUGUGAUUGUCUUGCUCAACUUCAGAUCUUUCUUGAGUGACGAGCUUGGCUGUGAAAUUUUGAAUCUUCUCACAGCCCAACAGUAUGAGAUAUUCUCAAAAAAUCUCCGUAAAAACAAGGAACUGUUUGUGCACGGCUUACCAGGGUCGGGCAAGACAGUGAUGGCCAUCAAGAUCAUGGAAAAGAUCAGAAACACAUUUCACUGUGACACAGACAGAAUUCUCUACAUCUGCGAGAAUCAGCGCCUGAGGGACUUGAUCAGGGCAAAAAAUAUUUGCCAGGCAGUGACCAGGAAAACUUUCAUGAAAAUUGAGUUUGAGACAGACAUGAUCCAACACAUCAUUGUUGAUGAAGCCCAGAAUUUCCGCACUGAAGAUGGGGACUGGUAUGAGAAGGCAAAGCUCAUCACUCAGAGAAAGAAAGAUUGUCCUGGAAUUCUCUGGAUCUUUCUGGACUAUUUUCAGACCAGCCACAUGCAAGAGAGUGGCCUCCCACAUUUCUCACGCCAGUAUCCAAAGGAAGAGCUCACAAGAGUAGUACGCAAUGCAGAUAAAAUAGCUGAGUUCUUACAAGAGAAGUUACAGGAAAUCAGAAAUAACCCUCCAUUCAGGAUCCCUCCCGAGUCCCUGGAGAUGCUCAAUGAAUUUACCUGGGCUCAUGGUGUACCAGGCACCUUUGAGCUCAAACACUUGAGCUUGAGAGAUAUGGUGAACUAUGUAGCAAACAAGUGCAAUUCUUUCUUGAGGAAUGGCUACUCUCCCCACGAUAUCGCUGUGCUUUUCAGCACGGAAGAGGAAAUGAAUAAAUAUAAACAUCAGUUCCUGAAAGAAAUGAGGAAGAGGAGAGUGUCUCAGAUGGAGGAUGUGUUUGUCUAUCCUCUUGAUAUGUUUGACAGCAUCCGUCGAUUCUCAGGCCUGGAAAGAAGCAUUGUGUUUGGCAUUAACCCCCAUUCAGUUGAACGGGGCAUUUCCUGCAACCUAUUGCUCUGCUUGGCUUCCAGAGCAAGGAAACAUCUGUCUAUUCUGAUGUUUCCUGAUUAUUCUACCUCUAUCAGGAUGUAACUCAGUAGCUGAAUGGGAUGCAUGAGGUCCUAGGUUCAUUCUCUAGGCAAAACCUAGUUGAGGCUUUUCAGUACAAGAAGAAAGAUAAAGAUACAACAAAACUCUUGUCCUACAGUUUCAGAAAAUGUUGGCAAAAACAUUCAUUGGGCACCAAAACUCACUGUGGAUCUGAGGCUGACAACAAAGUUGAAGAAAAGACUUGGAAAAAUAAUGUACAUUUUAUAUAUGCUGUGAAAAUAUUGAAACCACAAGGUUCGAAACUAGAUAAAACCAAUAUAGUAAGCCAUAUCUGAUUUUUAAAACAGGCUUAGACUUUAAAUUGACAAAUAUAUUUAUGAAAAUUUAAUGCAUUUACAAGUUUAAAGGUAAAGACUAAAACAACCGGUCUCCAAAGAGAAAACCUAG